AUGUCUACGUCUCCUGAUCAAGUCGAAAGCUAUCCUCGCCCAGGAAAGACUGCCAUCGUCACCGGCGGCUCUUCUGGACUUGGACGAACGAGCGCGAUAGCCCUUGCUCGCGCAGGCUGGAAUGUCACCGUCACGGGACGACGUGAGAACGAGCUUCAAGAGUCCGUUACCCUUCUCAACAAGGCUGCGGGACGCGAUGAUGCUGGAUUUUUCGUCGCUGGUGAUAUCACAAAAGAAGAUGUCGUUCUUCGAGUCUUCAAGGAGACCGCCGAAAAGUUCGGCCGCAUUGAUCUUGUCUUCUGUAACGCCGGCAUCUCACCUCCCAACGUUCCUUUGGCCGAACAGAAGCUGUCCGACUGGCAAGCAACUGUCGACGUCAACCUAACCGCACCCUACCUCUGUGCUCGUGAGGCCUUCCGAUACAUGGAGAAGCAGCAGCCGCAAGGAGGUCGAAUCAUCAUCAAUGGCAGCAUCAGCGCAUACGCUCCACGACCUUUCUCCUCGCCUUACACUGCCACAAAGACUGCCAUGACUGGUCUUACCAAGUCCUUGUCGUUGGACGGUAGGAAGUUCAACAUCGCUGUCACCCAGAUCGACGUUGGCAAUGCAGCAUCCGAGAUGACGACCAAGAUGAAGUCUGGCCCUGGUGUCCCUCAGGCCGACGGCACCUUGCGUCACGAACCAACCAUGGACCGUGAAUGGGUAGGAAAGGAGAUCGUCCACGUCGCAGAAAUGCCUCUGAGCGUCAAUGUGGCUAGCGUCGUUAUCCAGGCAACAAACAUGCCAAGCCAUGUUGGCCGUGGUUGA